AUGGGGUUCGGGUGGAAAUGGAGAAGAUGGAUACGUCAUUGUAUCUCUUCUGCAAGGUUUUCAGUUAUUAUUAAUGGGGCAGCAAAAGGAUUUUUUAAGUCUUCUCACGGGCUCCGACAGGGAGAUCCACUUUCGCCGUUCUUAUUUUUAUUAGUGGCUGAAGUGUUUAACAAGCUCAUGAUUAAUGCAAAAGCAGAUGGCUUUCUCAAAGGAUUUUAUGUUAAGGAAAACGGUAUGGAAAUUUCGCACCUUCAAUUUGCGGACGAUACAAUUUUUUUUUUAGAUGCAAAGGAAGAAGAGGUUCGGAAACUCUUAGAAGUUUUAGAGAGCUUUAAAGAUAAGACAGGGUUGAAAGUUAAUCUGACCAAGAGUUCCAUGAUGGGUAUAGAGACACAACAAGAUAUCAUUCAAGAGUGUGCUGGUUUAGCGAGGUGUGUGAUCGAUUCUGGUGUCAGUAGCAAAGAAGUUAGAAAGACUCAUGCGGAACUUCCUGUGGGAUAUGGAGAGGAGAAGACUAGUUUAUGGAGAAAACUUAUAUAUGAGAAAUUUGGCGGAGUUGAAGAGGUUUGGUUACCAAAGGACUCAAAGAGAACUUACAGAUUGGGGUUAUGGCGUGGUAUUCUUAAUCAGUCUAUGCUCCUUAGAAAUGGAUCAAAAAUUUCAGUGGGACGAGGUAACAAAACGAAUUUUUGGAAUGAUGUUUGGUGUCAUGAAAAAACUCUUAAAGAGCUAUUUCCAAGAUUGUGGAAAGUUAGUAGGAGGAAAGAAGCUUCGGUUAAAGACAUGAACAAUAACAGCGGUAAUGGGCAGUGUUGGAACAUUGAUCCUUGUAGAAGGCUUAAGGAUCAGGAAAUUCAAGAGGUCGUGGAGUUUUCAAGAAUCUUAGAGAGUCAAGGAGAGCUUGCUGCAGACGACGACAAACGGGAAUGGACUUCUAAUCCAAAAGGUACUUUUUCUGUUAGUUCUUGCUAUGCUUGGCUCAUGCAUGAUCAAGGACAAGUUAUACCUCCAAAAUUUCCUUCUGAUUAUAUUUGGAAUAAGACAAUUCCUCCUAAAAUUAGUUUCUUGGUAUGGGCUGCUGCAAAUAGGGUUGUCCCUACUCUUUCCUUGUUGUCAAGAAGGGGUAUGACAGUGGUGAAUGUGUGCGCGUUUUGUAAUGUUAGUGAGGAGUCAGUAGAGCAUUUCUUUCUUCAUUGCUCUUUUGUUGGGCAGAUUUGGGAACAAUUUUUACAUCAGCUGGGUAUUGGUUGGUUCAUCCUACGACAGUUAUGGAAUUCCUUUGGAAGUGGAAAUUGA